ACCCCCUUCCUUCUAGUCUCCAGCCUCCACAACGCGAAGCAGCAGUCCAGAGUCCAGAUUCUCUCAACCUCAUCGAAGCCGCUGGCGCAUGUCCGUCCAGCCACCGCCACCGUCCCAACUUCGAGCUUCGAAGGCAACGGCGCAACGUUCGUCCAGCCACCGCCGUUUGAGCUUCGAAAAUCGAAGCCACCGUCGCCGGUCUCACCUCUUGCCUCCGUCGUGCAGUCACUUCCCGCCGAUGGGAGCUCUAUUCCACACGACCACGUCGGCCACCUUCCCCGAAUCAAGAAUCAUUCGUGCAUCGUGCACCCCCAUUAGCCCCUUCUGAAGAAAAUCAAAGAGAACCCUAGCCCUAGGAUCCUUGCCGCCGCCGUCCCCAGGUUCUCGGCGCCUCCACUUCUUCUUCUUCUCGCUGUUCGGAACCCAGGUAGCUUGGUUCGUCAUCCCCAUCUUCCCUGUCUUCUCUGUUCGUGGCUUGGAGCAGCUCGCCGUUGGGUCGCCGCUUGCUGUCGCCUUGCCUAUUGUCGUCGUCUCGUCGGUUUCCAUCCGUGUCUCCGUCGAAGGUUCAGUAUUGGCUUCAACUUUCAAAUAGGAAUUGGGAGCUGGUGAAGAUAAUAACAUCUUCUGGAACUGAGUCUGUUGUUUCACUGCCUGAUAGAAAAGAACGGUUUUUUCGGUUGAACCACGGUUAGACCGGUUGGACCAGUAAACCAGUGAACCAGUGACUAAAACGAUUCGAUGACCGUGUCACCCAGCCGCCAGCCGCCAGCCGCUUGCCGCCCGCCGUCAUCCUCUUCGUCUCACCGCCGGCCUGAACUCUGAAAGAACUAAGGAAGUAGGAACAGCCGAACAGAACAGAGCCGCGGCUGUCCAUCAUCGCCGUCGCCGUCAAACUCGCCCUUGCUGCGCCGUCGAACUCGCCGUUGCCUCGCUCUUCUGCUCUGUCAAACAGUUCGUGAGGAUGAGGCUGUUGAAGGUUGCCACUUGCAAUCUCAACCAAUGGGCCAUGGACUUCGAUUCAAACACUCAGCGAAUCAAGGACUCCAUCGCUCUCGCUAAACAAUCCGGCGCCGUCAUUAGGCUCGGCCCUGAGCUCGAGCUCACUGGCUAUGGCUGUGAAGACCACUUCUUGGAACUCGACACCGUCACACACGCAUGGGAAUGUUUGAAAGAUAUCUUAGUUGGUGAUUUGACGGAUGGAAUUGUGUGUAGCAUUGGAAUGCCUAUUAUCAAGGACUCUGAGCGCUACAAUUGUCAGGUUCUUUGUUUGAAUCGCAAGAUUCUCAUGAUACGCCCAAAGAUAUGGCUUGCGAACGAUGGCAAUUAUAGAGAACUUCGAUGGUUCACGGCAUGGAAGCUCAGAGAUCAUCUUGUCGAUUUUCAGCUUCCCGGUGAGAUAGCUGAGGUGUUAGGCCAGACAUCGGUUCCCUUUGGUUAUGGAUUUCUGAAGUUUAAAGACACAGCUAUUUCGGCUGAAGUUUGUGAAGAGCUGUUUACUCCAACUCCCCCACAUUCUGAGCUUGCAUUGAAUGGGGUUGAAGUAUUUAUGAAUGCCAGUGGAAGUCAUCACCAACUUAGAAAGCUUGAUGUUCGUCUUCGCGCUUUUAUAGAUGCCACUCACACUCGUGGUGGAGUAUACAUGUAUAGCAAUCACCAAGGAUGCGAUGGUGGCCGUCUUUACUAUGAUGGCUGUGCUUGUGUUGUGGUCAAUGGUGAUCUCAUUGCACAAGGGUCACAAUUUUCUUUAAAGGAUGUUGAGGUUGUGGUUGCGCAAAUGGAUCUAGACAUGGUGGCAAGCCUAAGAGGAUCUGUAAGUAGCUUUCAAGAGCAAGCAAGCUGUAAAACUAAGGUUUCUUCAGUGGAAGUACCAUAUAGUCUUUGUGUACCUUUUAAUCUUAAACAUCGUCUUUCCAUUCCACUAAAGAUCAAGUAUCACUCUCCUGAGGAGGAAAUAGCAUUUGGACCUGGUUGCUGGUUAUGGGACUAUUUAAGAAGAAGCGGAGCAUCUGGUUUUCUGCUUCCCCUUUCUGGUGGAGCAGACAGUUCAUCAGUUGCUGCAAUCGUUGGGUGCAUGUGUCAGCUGGUUGUUAAAGAAAUUGCAAAUGGAGAUGAACAAGUUAAAGCUGAUGCAAUAAGAAUAGGAAACUACAAAGAUGGACAAUAUCCUACUGAUAGCAGAGAAUUUGCCAAGCGAAUAUUCUAUACUGUUUUUAUGGGAUCUGAAAACAGUUCGGACAUGACAAGGUCACGGGCCAAGGUGUUGGCUGAUGAAAUUGGUUCAUGGCACCUUGAUCUUUCCAUUGAUGGAGUUGUAUCUGCGUUUUUGUCAUUGUUCCAAACACUUACAGGAAAGAGACCACGCUAUAAGGUAGAUGGUGGAUCUAAUGUUGAGAAUCUAAGCUUGCAGAACAUACAAGCUAGAAUCAGGAUGGUGCUCGCUUUCAUGUUAGCAUCACUAUUGCCUUGGGUUCACAACAAACCAGGGUUUUAUCUUGUCUUGGGGAGCUCAAAUGUGGAUGAAGGAUUACGUGGUUACUUGACAAAGUAUGAUUGCAGCGCAGCAGAUAUAAAUCCUAUUGGUAGCAUAAGUAAGCAGGACCUUAGGACAUUCCUGCGAUGGGCAGCCGUCCAUCUUGGUUACUCAUCUCUGGCAGAAAUUGAAGCAGCUCCACCUACCGCUGAACUGGAGCCUAUACGUUCUAACUACACUCAGCUUGAUGAAGUUGAUAUGGGAAUGACUUACGAGGAACUAUCAGUCUAUGGAAGACUACGGAAAAUCUUCCGAUGUGGUCCAGUUUCAAUGUUCCAGAAUCUAUGUUAUAGAUGGGGUGGAAGAUUGACUCCAUCACAGGUGGCCGAAAAAGUGAAACACUUCUUCAAGUAUUAUUCAAUCAACCGGCACAAAAUGACUGUCUUGACGCCUUCAUAUCAUGCUGAGAGUUAUUCCCCAGAGGAUAAUAGGUUUGAUCUGCGCCAGUUUCUCUAUAAUGUGAGAUGGCCCUAUCAAUUUCGGAAGAUUGAUGAACUAGUGAGUGAAUUGGAUGUGAAAGACAUUGUUCACGAAGGAGACCAUGUAGCAGCUGUAUCAGAAGGUGUUGGUGGGAUGGGAGUUGCUGCAGCAGGUUCAGGCAAUCCCAAAGUCGGAUUCUAACUAAAAUUUAACCAAACCAGGGAUGAAACAACAGAAUAAAUUAGUCUAUAGUCUAUAGUCUAUAGUCUAUAGUCUAUCAUCUUUCAAAAAUUAAUGUACAUUUUUUUUCCCACUUGAUAUAGUCUAUAGAGAUGUAUGAGUGGCUAAGAAACUCAGGGUUUACCAAAUUAAUAAAAAUAAAAAUAAAAAUUGUUCGAUCACC